AUGCUAAAUAUUCUAUUACUUGCGCUAGCGCUUUUCAGCUUGGGUAAUGCGUUUUACUUGCCAGGUGUUGCGCCUACUGACUACAAAGAAGGGCAACUGAUACCUUUGCUUGUGAAUCAUUUAACACCAGCGUUACAUCAUGGAUCGUUAAGCAAAGGUUCCACUUCAACAUAUGUGUAUUCCUAUGACUACUACUAUCCAAAAUUCCAUUUUUGUCAGCCAGAGGGAGGUCCUGUCAAACAACUGGAGUCAUUGGGAUCAAUUAUUUUCGGAGAUCGUAUUUUCAAUUCCCCCUUUCAAAUUGAAAUGUUGAAGGAGGUUCAAUGUAAAAAAUUGUGUACUUCAACUUAUCCCAAAUCAGAUUCCGUAUUUGUCAACAGAAACAUUAGAGCUGGAUAUAGUUACAAUUGGCUUGUUGAUGGAUUACCAGUUGCGAGAAUUAUUGAAGACUUGAGAACUCAUUCACAGUUUUAUGGUACUGGAUUCGAUAUUGGUGCUAUUGAUACUGACAACAAGGCAGUGUUGUUUAACCACUUUGACUUGAUUAUCAAGUAUCAUGAGAAGGGUGAUGGCAAGAAUUACCGAGUUGUGGGAAUUACUGCUACGCCUCUGUCAUUGGAUAGAUCUGCAUUACCAGAGGACUCAGCGUCAGAAACGUUGUGCUCCACCGAUUUGAAACCAGUUCAUUUGGACAAGGAAGCAGAUACACCAGUGUUGUUUACAUACUCAGUCAAAUUUGAAAAGAGUGAUAUAGCCUGGGCAACAAGAUGGGAUCAAUACUUGCACGUGUACGACCCCAAGAUCCAAUGGUUCUCGUUGAUCAAUUUUUCAUUAAUUGUUUUAAUUUUGGGUAUUGUUAUUGCUAAUAUUUUGAUUAGAACUUUGAAAAACGAUAUUGUCAAGUACAAUGAAGUCAAUUUGGAUGAUGACAUUACUGAUGAGAGUGGAUGGAAGUUAAUACAUGGUGAUGUUUUUAGACCACCACCACAAAGACUCUUGUUGUCGGUGCUUGUUGGAAGUGGUGCCCAGAUUUUCUUUAUGGUAUUUGUGACAAUUUUUUUCGCAUUAUUUGGGUUAUUAUCACCAUCAAACAGAGGAGCAUUGUCGACUUUUUCAUUCAUACUUUACAUUUUGAGUAGUUUUGUGUCGGCAUAUGUGUCUGGUUACUUGUACCAUUUCCUUGGCGGCGAGAAUUGGAAAUUGAACUUGGUACUUACACCCGUGCUUGUGCCUGGUGUUUUGUUUGCCGUGUUUGUAUUUCUCAAUUUCUUUUUGAUCUCAGUUGAUUCUUCGGGUGCUAUACCUGUGGGUACAAUGGUUGCUAUUGUUGUUAUUUGGUUUGUUAUUUCUAUCCCCUUGUCAGUUGUGGGAUCAAUUCUUGCAGUAAAAAGACCGAAAUUGGAUGUGCCGGUGAGAACCAACUUGAUCCCAAGACAAAUUCCCCCACAACCAUGGUAUUUGAAAUUGAUUCCAGUCACACUCAUUAGCGGUAUCUUUCCCUUUGGUUCAAUUGCAGUUGAGAUGUACUUUAUCUAUUCAUCUUUAUGGUUUAACAAGAUUUUUUACAUGUUUGGAUUUUUGUUCUUUUGUUUCCUUUUGAUGAUUAUGACUACAAGUUUAAUUACGGUUCUAAUGGUGUAUUACACUUUAUGUUCAGAAAACUACAAAUGGCAAUGGAGAUCCAUAUUUAUUGGAGGUGGAUGUGCCAUUUAUGUGUUUAUCCAUUCUAUCUUUCUCACUGGUGGUGAAAAAUUAGCUGGGUUGACUUCGUUUGUGUUGUAUACGGGAUACUCGGUUGUCAUUUCCUUAUUGGUGUUUCUUUGUUGUGCAAGUGUUGGAUUCAUCAGCAGCUUAUUUUUUGUUAGAAAGAUUUAUGGUCAAAUCAAGAUUGAUUAG